CUAUCGAUUCUACUAUUAAUUACAAUAUAAUGUCACCAACUGUAACUGAUUUUGUUAAUGACCAGCAAACUAUACCUGAUGGAAUUCAUCAGAACUUACUGAAAUCACCUGUUAUUGAAUUAGAAGAACAAAAUCGUCAAUAUGGUUCGUUGAUUGAAAACCAAAAUCAACAACGAUCUCAUCUUGAAGGUCAACGGCAGUUAAGUGGUACUAGUAGUAUGUCCGGUCGUUCGAAUCAAACUUCAGUCGAUGUUGAAGAAAAAUUGCGUCGUGAUAUAAAACAUUUACAAGAACAACUUGAAAUUCAUGUACAAACAAUUGGAAUCUUAGUAGCAGAAAAAACUGAUAUAUCAGCUAAAUUAACUCAAUCAUUUAAGCAACUUGAACGUAAACAAAGUGAAAUGGAUGAAUUGCAUGGACGUUUAAAAGCAUCACGUGAACGUGUACAAGAACUUGAAAAACAAAUACAAUAUUCAACAUCAAAUGUACAAAAACGAGAAAUGGCAGCUAAAGAAUCUGAUAAAGAAAAUGAUCGAUUAAAAAUCGAAAAUAUUCGACAAAGUCAAUUAGUUGAAGAUUUAAAACAAAAUAUCAAUGAACUUAAUGAAAAAAUUCAUCAUCGACAAGUUAUUGUUGACCAAUUAAAUAAUGAACUAGAACAAUUAAAGACACAAUCUCAAUCAACUAAUGCAACACCAAUGACAGAACAAGAAAUCGAUCAAUUACAACAAACAAUUGAACUUAAAAAUAAUCAAAUAGAAGAACUAUUUUCAUCCAUCAAUCGAAUACGUUCCGAUAGUGAACAAUAUCAACAAUACAAUACAAAUAUGCAGAAUCAUAUUCAAGAACGGAAUGAACAAAUUAAUCAAUUAAUUCAAACAAAUAAUAUAUUACAAAAUGAACAUGAUAUCAUGAAAAAAACUUAUGAAAUGAAAUUAUCUGACCGUAGUUUAAUACUUGAUCAUGAUAAUCUUCAACAAGAAAAUGAUUUAUUUCGAAAUGCUAUUGAUCAAUGGUCAAAUAGAUAUGAAGAAUUAAAAUCAAAAUUCGAACAAAUGACUAAAUUAUUAGCUGAAAAAGACGAACUUAUUGUUGAACUUAAAACGAAUAUUAAUAAUUCAAACGAUCUACUAGAGAAAAAUCAAUUAAUUGAACUUGAAGAACGAUUUAUUAAUAUGUCAAAUGAAAAUAUUAACUUAAAAACUCAAAUUGAAACAAUUGAAUAUUUAAAUAAACAAUUAAAUGAACGUCUUGAACAAAUUCAAUCAAAAUCAAAUCAUGAACAAGAAUCUCAAACUCAAGACCAACAAUUGAAUUUAUCAUUAACAUUAAAUUCAAAAGAUAAUAAUCAAUCUCAACAACAACUUCUUGAAUGUUUAAAUGAAUCAAAAUGUGAAAAUGCUGAUUUAAAAGAUCGUAUACAACAUCUUGAACAUGUUAUUCUUCAAUUACAAGGUGAAACUGAAACAAUUGGUGAUUAUAUUUAUCUAUAUCAACAACAACGUGAACAACUUCAAAAGCGUUAUCAAGAAAAAGAUAUGCAUAUUACAAAAUUAACACAAGAUCGAUUUAAUUUACAAAAAAAAUUAUCAGAAUUAGAAAUCUUACUUGUACAAAUUUUAAAUAUACCGCUUACAAGUAUAAUUCAAUCACACGAAUUUAAUACUGAAAUACCUACUAGACAAGAUGAUAUUAAUUCGUCUACUCAAUCAGAAUUCAGCACUAAUAAUCAUCAACAAUUGGAAACGAUCGAUAAUGCAUCGUCAUCAACCAUUAACCAAACAAUGCCGUUAAAUAGCAAUAAAACUACUAAUUCGACAUUAUUACGAGAAAUAAGUGAUGAAACCAAAGCACGUAUUUUGGCAUUAAUCAAAGAAUUAGGACAGAAUAAUAUACCCUCUAGACAAAAUGAUAAUUUAUCGACGAUUAAGUUGGCAUUUGUUGAUACAAAUCUUUAUACAUGUUCAACAUGUUCAGGUCCUGUGCAGUUAGUGUAA